CGGUGGAGGUCGGACGUCACAAACGUCUACGGUAUAUUUCGUGUUUGUUGUGUGAAAGUGGCAUGAGUGUUCCAUAAACUUUUAGUUACAUUUCUUAUGGACAUGAACAUUUUCUUCUCUACGUGUAUUUGCAGACAGGUACUCUUGGGAGGCGAAAGAAUUCUAACAAUGAACGUGACCUAAGCCCGAGGAGUAAAAUGAAGAUCCCCUAUUUAUUACUGACACUAACUUGUGUCUUUACCUUCUCGUGUACUCACGCUAAAAUAGGUUAUUUUUGGCACAUAACAGAUUUUCAUUACGAUCCCCUGUACACCCCACAAGGAGAUACACGGAGAUCUCCACAUCGUACAGAUUGUCGGCGUGCGGACGAACGCGGCAGUUCGGGGCACCACCGCGCACUUGGUCGUUACGGCGACUACUCGUGCGACAGUUCACUGGAACUCAUAGAAUCUGCAGCCAAGUACAUGAGAACACGACACUCAGAGAACGUUGAGUUCGUAUUGUGGACGGGGGAUAUAAUAGCUGCUAGAUAUACUGGCAAUGAAGAUGACAGGUACCGGGCGAUCAGAAACAUGACGGAGUUGCUCGGCAGGACUUUUAGCUCUCAUUUCGUGUUCCCAGUCCUCGGACACUUGGAUCCCUCGCCUUCUGAGACUCUUACUAAUUUAUGGAUGCACUGGUUACCUUUGGAAGCGUUACAAACCUUUAAAAUUGGUGGUUAUUAUACGAUAGAACAGUCGCACAGUAAACUAAGAAUCGUGGCUCUGAAUACAAAUUUAUUUGGAAUCCGUGAAGUGAACAGCGCACCCGCAAAAGCUCAGUGGGAAUGGUUGGACGCUGUAUUAGAUAAAGCUCAAUCGAAUAAAGAAAUGGUAUAUAUAGUGGGUCACGCAGCACCAGGGACGGAUCUACGUCCAGCUUACAAUUCUUUAUCAGUGGACGCGAACGCAAAGUACUUGCGAACGAUACGGCGUCACGCUAAAAUUAUUGCGGGACAGUUCUUUGGACAUUUACACGCGGACACGUUCCGUGUUAUCUAUGACAAAGACCAACCAGUAUCAUGGGCGUUACUAGCACCAUCUGUGAGUCCACAUCAUGACCCAACAGGUUCAUCGAACCCGGGACUCAGACUUUAUAAAUUUGAUUCCGACACCGGUAAGGUACUAGACUACACGCAAUAUUACUUAGAUUUAGCAGCGGCUAACCGAGCGGGCUCGGGCGCCGAGUGGACGGCGGAGUAUAACUUGACCCAGUACUACGGACUGCGCGAUGUGUCCGCGGACUCAUUGCAUAACCUUGCCGAUAAACUUCGUAUAGGCGCUCCGCAUGAAACCGCUAUGUUUAAUAAUUCUGUUCUAUCCAGGUACCUACGGGCUUACAAUGUGAAACAUGAAAGUGCUGAUAAUUGUGACGGUGCGUGUGCGCAUCAACAUUUUUGUGCGAUUACGUGCUUGGAGCACGUCGCGUACCGACAAUGCGUUGAGGCAGCAGCUAGCGCACUCGCCGCGUCCGCACAGUCGGCUGACUUGCUCCUCCCAGCAUUACACGUCUUGUUUACACUUAUUAUAAUUCUAGUAAUAUUCGUCUAAACAUUUAGUAUUCAAUAUUUUUCUUAAUUAUUUGUAAUUAUGAUUAUGCAUAGAAUUUAAGAAAGGCUUUUGUGUUGUCUUUAAAUGUUUACUAUUAAAAAAUAAAAUAAAAUAUUGAGUUUUAUUGAGUUCAAAUUAGAUUAGGAUUUAAAAUUAAUUGAUUUAGAUGUAUGAACGAACAAAGAAUAUUAUUAUUGUAAUUCUUAAUUUAUUUUAUAAGAAAUAUUGACUAAUUGAAUAUCUGACUGUAUGUUUACACAGUCUUAUGUUUUGGAAAAAUUAAAAGCACCAAGGCUCUCGCUUGUAAGUUGUGUAAAAACCAUUUAUUUGUUCAAUUAUUUCUUCUUUUUUAAACCUUAAAAAGUUCGCUCAGAGCCCAGUAUGUGAUAUAUGUUUAGAUAUAUAAGCGUAGUAUAAAAUAAAUUUAAAAUUAAAAAAUAUUUUUUUCUUCGAAACAAAUUGAUAUUUUAUACCUUUA